CAUUCACACAAUCCUCCACAAACGCAAAUGGCACCCCAGCAGCAGCACAAGACCGCCGUGGUUGCGGUCUUUCUGGCCGCCCUCGUGUUGGCGUUGCCGGCAGCCGCCUAUAGGCCAGAAGCCACCGGUUACACGCCUGGAGGCAGCACUCCCGCGGAGGCGACGCCCACGGAAGCCGCAGGCAGCACGCCCGCCGAGACCGGCACGCCGGUCGCGGGCGGAUACACGCCCGGCGCUGCCGCCAGCACGCCCGCCGAGGCAACGCCCACCGAGGCGGCGCCCACCGAUGCCGCCGUCAGCACACCAACCGAGGCCAGCACGCCUGCCGAGGAAACGCCCACGGAACCCGCCGUCAGCACGCCAGCCGAGGCCGCCGCGUUCGCCGCCUCCAGGGCCUUCAAGGACACGCCCGCUGCUGCCGCUGGCACUACGCCAGCCGCAGAAUCAGGGAAGGCGACGACGGACGUGCAGAAGCUCAUGGAGAUGGUGAACGGGGUGUACAAGAAGGCCCUGGAGGCGGCGAACGCGGCGGCGCCCGACGACAAGUUCUCCGUGUUUGACGCGGCCUUCACCAAGGGGAUCCAGGGGGGCCUCGCCGACAGGAUCAUGCCCGAGCGCGUUCUGUUCUCCACCAUGAUCAACAGGGCCAUCAAGGACGCCUACGUCUCCACCUCCGCCAUCAAUGUCGCCUCGGAGGAGGAGAGGUUCUCCGUCUUCGUGUUCACCCUCACGGAGGCCCUCCGCGUGAUGGCCGCCACCGUGGAGGCCCACGCCAUCAAGCCAGCCGCCGAGGAGGAGGUCGCCGGUGGCGCGAAGGAACCCGCCGGCGACCAGCUGGUCAUCGAGAAGAUGGACGCGGCCGUCAAGGCGGCCGCAGACGCUUCCAAGGAGGCUCCCUUGUCCGACAAGUUCCUCGUGUUCGAGGCCACCUUCAGCAAGGCCUUCAAGGACGAGAUGGGCCCUGCCUACGACGAGAACAAGGCGAUUCCUCAGCUCAACGCCGCGUACAAAGAGGCCUACAAAGCCACCGUCGCCGCCACGCCGGAGAAAAGGUUCGACGCCUUCCUCAACGGCUUGACCAAGUACAUCAUGGCUAUCAGCCAAACCGCCGCCAAGACUGGCGCCGGUAGCAAGCCCGCCGCCGAAGCCACAACCGAGCCCGCUGCCGAAGACGCUACCAAGCCGGCUCCCGAAGCCGCUGUCAAGCCUGCCGCCGAAGCCGCUUACAAGCCCGUCGCCCAAGCAGCUGCCAAGCCCGCUGGAGGUGCUGUAGGCGGCUACAAUCUGUGAGCGGUAGCGGCGCUGGGUUCGUUCGUGCAAGUACUAAGCGCCAUUCGUUUAGUUAUUCCUUUCUAUAUUUGUGUUGUUUAUAAUUGUAGCGUUAAAUGUAAUUUGUCUGGCAUUGAUGCAGCGGAUAUAUAGUACUCACUCCGUUUCAAAA